AAUUGAUACGAAACUUGCCACGUAAAUUUGAGUUUUGCUGGCCGCCGCUCGCUUUCUGGCCUGGUGUUUGUAAUUCUCCCUCAAUUCGUCGUGGAUUUCUUCACAAUGGUGAGGACAGCGAGGAUCGAGCAACGGCGACGGGGAUUCAAGUCCAAGGUCCGCAAGUUGUUGGCGGUGUGCAUGGGUGGAGUUUUGUUGCUCUCAAGCAGGCAAGCCGUUGCAAUACCACAUGAAGGUAGUUUGCGUCGUAGUUUGAGUGAUUCAUCACCAGCAACCAAUAAGAUUGUACCAACGUUCAACAAGCAGGUCGCUACGUGCACCGUGCCUUCUGAUUCUGCAGGGAGAAAUGGCGCCACAGCUACCAUCACUGCAUUGACACUGUCGAAAGAAAAUUUGAGUGCUACUUUGAAAUGUUCUGGUGCAAACUAUGUGGCAGUUCCCGAAAGCAUGAAGAAAGUCUGUUCCGCGACGGUGAACGACGCAACCCUUGCAGGUUGCAAGGCUGCUGCUGAUAACAAAGAAGAGAAGCAGAUCACCCUGCAAGGGCUACUGGGGUCCAGCGGCCCUAUUGAGUGGACGAAAGCAUCUAAGGAAGGCGAACUGGCAAAAGAUGGCGAGGAAUGGACCCUGCAGCUUCAAGAGUCAGAUCUUCCAUUAACUGACAAGGCAUUCUUCGUCGGCUGUGACAACAAAGCAGUUGCAGGAAAAGACGUUCAGACCUCCUCAAAGGAGUGCAAAGUGGACUUUAAUGUCAAAGCGAGACCUUCUUUCGUUGCCGAGAACAACGUUGUCACCUGCGCAUACGGCAAGGAAAGCAACCCGGAACCCUUGAAGGUUGAGAUGACAACAGAAAUGAACACUCUCACGAUUCAAUGUGGUUCCCAGGGUGUCCUCAAUCCUAAAAGCUAUACAGCCACGUUCUGCGAUCCUCAGGACACAGACAUGCAGAACUGCACAGAGAAGAAGUUUGAGGCUAUCCUUCCUUCGUUUGUGGAGACCUGGUGGGCGGCACGCAGCAAAGAUCAAUCGGCCACUUUGACAAUCCCCGAGGCGGAGUUCCCGCAGUCGGAGCAGCAGUUCCGUUUGAGUUGCAUCUAUAAGGAGGCUCAAAGCACUGGGACCAACACUGCAGAGAAGGUGGGCGAAAAUUCAGACUCGGCCAAGGCUGCCCCAACGUCCAAUUGCCAUGUCAUUGUGACGGUCACGGCAAGAAGCUCCACAUCGUCAUCUGGUCAUCUGGUAACUACAGUCGCCGGUGCUGCCGCUUUGACAGGGCUUCUUGCUGGUUCCUACUGAAGACACAGCAAUAUUUUGUCGGUUGUGGAUUAAGAAUGGAUCAGAUUUUGUCUAAUUUUCAGCUGUCCAGACGUCCCUCUGAGAUGUUCUGCAUGGUUUCAAUGGGGGCUGGCUUCUGGGGUGUCACAGGGGGGCGUGUGCACGGCAACACGGUGGGCUUGAAGCUGUGUGAUGGUGUAAUGGAGACAGAAAUCAUAUGAUUACAUGCAUUAUUGGCAUUUUCCGUACAAUCACCGUCCUUUACGGAAGGUUUCUUCCAACAACAAGAACAUCAUCCUGCCUCCUGGUGUGCGUCUCCCAGGGUGGAAUGAAGAUUAAUUUUUGCUGGUUG